ACGCCACACCGUGAAUGCAGCAGCAGGCCGGCUGGAUUUGUCGUGUUGCCUUCAGACGCGCCCACACUCUGCUGCCGUUCUUCCCUUUCUAUCAACUUUAAAACCAUGAAUGGCGACUCUUACCUCCUCUAACGACGACGAAUGCCCCUUCUGUCGGAUAGCCAAUAACCAGAGCGACACAGAAAUCCUCCUGAGUAAUGAGGAGCUGCUGUGCUUCCGGGAUGUGAAGCCGGCUGCCGGCCAUCAUUACCUCAUUAUUACCAGGACUCACAUCGACAACUGUAAAGCUUUACGGGAGGACAACAUUCCCACAGUGGAGCAGAUGGCAGAGAUGGGAAGGCUUGUCUUAGAGAGAAACAAAGUGAGAGAUCUGGAAGACAUCAGGUUAGGCUUUCAUAUUCCUCCCUUCUCAUCCGUCCCUCACCUUCAUCUGCACGCUUUGGCUCCUGCGAGCAAGAUGAAUGUAAGCUCUCAGCUCCGAUACGGGCCCCAGUCGCACUGGUUCAUCACAGUAGAGAAAGCGCUUUCUCAGCUGAGGACACGAGGCAGAAUUAAAUGAUGGGAUGAUGUUUACCUCAUAUUCUUGUUUCUUUUCAUUGAAACUCCCACUGUGUUUGGUGAUUACAGCAGUAAAGCGGUUUAAAGCCAAAAUGUGAUUCAACUGCUGAAUAUUUCAUUUUAGAGGUAAUGCUUUUUGUCAGUCUUUUGGGAUUUUGGACGAGAUCGCAAUCUGGAUAACAUCUCAGAGAAGCUGUCUGCUCUGCGAAGUAUGACAAAUAUGAUGAACAGAAAUAGACAACUAGAGUGAAAUGUUUAUAUUUGUUUUUGCUCAUUCAUACACAAACAUUCUAAUCUGAGUUGUUUUCCCUGGCUGGAGCAAGCUGGCAUGGUCAAUGUUUUGAGAUUCUCCCGAAAGGAUUGUGCAGUGAAGAAGCUACAAAUUCCUUCCACACACCUGUUGUCUGUUGACGUUUAUUGGUUUGAUUGGCUGUGUUAUCGUGACGAGCACCGAGGUAGAGGAGCAGAUCGACUCGUCAGGCUUAAACACAACUACAAAAUAUAUCCCCAGAAAAUACAUUACACAUACACGCACACGUACCCCACCCGCCACUUCCCACGCCUUCGUGGUUUGAUGGAUAACGGAGAGGGGCUCCUGUCCAGUCAGUAUGAUGUUUGUCUGACCUUGAACAGGUUUGUAUUGAAAAUGUGAUUUUAUUGUUCUUUGUGUGUGCAAUGACACAUUUCCUUUUUAAUACAGUACACAGCUUUUUAUGGGUGUUGUAAUUAUGUACUUUAAUAUAUUGGAUUAAAUUUUUUUGCAUUGGUA